AUGAACAUAAAGGUAGUCGAGAUAGAUGAAGUUAUGGUGAACAUUUCAAGAAAAUGGUUCGGAUUAAACCCAGACGGUAGACAAAGGGUCAUAAUCGAAGAUGGAGCUGAGUUUGUGAGAACAGCGGUGCGAGAGGAGCGUCGAACAUACAAUGUCAUAUAUCUUGAUGCAUGUACAGUAUCAAGAAAUGGGACGUUGAAUUGUCCCCCUGAUAACUUUUUGUCUCUGGAAGUCGUGUCCAAUUUCCGAGAAUUAUUGAACGAUAGAGGGAUACUGAUUAUACAUGUGAUGUCUGACUCAGAUCUCAAGGAUGCAGCCAUCAGGGUAAGUUUUGGGCUUAUGCGUUCAUUAUUUCACGUACACAUUGUGGCAGGCAAACGUACAAAACCUUCAUUUAUCUUCGGUAGCGACAUGCUCUGA